CCUUCGUUCACCGUGGACACGGGGUGCUCCGGCAGUGUCGUUGCGCUCCACCAGGCAUGUCUCAGUCUCAGAAGCCGCGAGACGAGCAUGGCAUUGGUGGGCGGGACCAACAUGAUCCUCAGUCCAGAUCAGAUGAUACCCAUGAGCUAUAUGGGGUUCUGCAACUCUGAUGGUCGAUCAUAUAGCUUUGACGAUAGGGGAUCAGGUUAUGGAAGAGGGGAAGGCGCCGCGACGUUGGUGCUAAAGCGGCUGAGCGAUGCCAUCUCGGCUGGCGAUCCUAUCCGGUCAAUAAUCAAACACUCGGCCAUCAACCAGGACGGCCGCACCGUCGGCAUCACGACACCCAGCCAGUCAGCCCAGGAGAAUCUCGCUCGCUCUCUGCUCGAUACGUCAGGCAUCGAUCCAGCUUCCAUCGAUUUCAUCGAAGCCCACGGCACGGGUACGCAGGUUGGCGAUCUCACCGAGCUCCAGGCUAUCGCCAACGUCUUCUGUCAAGGCCAAAGAAACCGCCCUCUGACCAUUGGCUCUUGCAAGGCCAACAUCGGCCAUCUCGAGGCCGCCAGUGGGGUUGCUGGAGUCGUUAAAUGCGUCCUCGCUCUCGAAAAGGGCGAGUUGCCUCCCCAGCCCAACUUUGAGGUACCCAAACCCGGUCUGCGGCUCGAUCAAUGGGGUCUGGAAGUUCCCCGGCAGAAACGUCCAUGGCCACAUUUCGGCACCCGCCGAGCCAUCGUCAAUAGCUUUGGCUACGGAGGGACGAACUGCAUGACGCUCCUGGAAAGCGUACCUGCUUGGCUGCAGUCAUCAAGGGUCGCGAUAAACCUGCCUAGGCAGAUUAAUGUCCCAUCUCACUCGAUCGAGUGGCUCUCUGAACAUCCUGGCUCCUCGGACGGCGCCCAUGGAGACCAUGACAUCCUUUUGACGCCCGCCAUCUGCAUACAAACCUCGGAUGGAAACAGUGACGACGGGUCCUCGCUCUCUCUAGACGCAAGCUCCCCAUAUACUUCGCACUAUAGUUCGGUGGCUGGCGAUGAGGCAGUUUCGGAGGCCGGUGGUGCUCGCUAUCUUUUCGUACUCUCGGCCAAGUCUAUGGCGUCUCUGGCUCAGCACAAGCAUCAACUGAAGCGUUGGCUUCAGUCGCAGAGGCAUCGACCCCACUUGCUCAGUGAUCUUGCCUUCACACUUGGUUCUCGCCGGACAAGACAUCUGUAUCGGCGAUGCUUCGCUGUGUCAUCUAGGAAGGAGGUACUCGCCGCGUUGGACGAGGAGACUGAUGCUACAUCGACCACAGUCAUCCCAUGCCGCAUCGCCUUUGUCUUCACCGGUCAAGGAGCGCAGUGGCACGCCAUGGGUCGAGAGCUCUUAUUCAACGAAACGAAAUUUGCCACGUCAAUCCGCACCUCUGACCGCAUGCUCAGGACCUUGGGAGCCGAGUGGAGUUUGACACACGAAUUGGCACAGUCGAAAGCUACGUCGAGGAUCCACCAAGCAGAAAUAGGCCAGCCGGCAUGCACUGCUGUUCAGAUCGCGAUCGUUGACAUGCUCCAACAUUGGGGGGUUGCGCCGAGCACCGUCAUCGGACAUUCGAGCGGAGAGAUUGCGGCUGCGUACGCCGUCGGCGCACUGUCCCAUGAAGAUGCUCUUCGUGUGUCUUUCCAUCGUGGCUCGCUAUCCCGGCUGAGUAGGUCACGUCUUGGGAAUGGGAAUGGUGCCAUGCUGGCAGUUGGAAUGGGCGAGGCAGAAGCAUCGGAGGUUCUUAGCACUCUUCAAGCUGGACGUGUUGUGGUCGCUUGUGCCAACAGCCCUUCCAGCACGACCCUGUCCGGGGACGAACCGGCGAUUGACGAAGUACGGGUGCUCCUCGAUAGAAAAGGCAUCUCCGCUAGAAAACUUCGCGUGGAUACGGCCUACCACUCGCAUCAUAUGGAAGCAGUGUCGUCGGAUUAUGUUAAGCUGAUGCAGCAGGUUGAAGAACGAAAGCCGCUGCCUGCCAUCCGAUACAUCUCGUCCGUCACAGCGAAUGAGAAACACGAUGGCUUCGGACCCGAGUACUGGGCAGAGAAUCUUGUUUCGCGGGUGCGUUUCGCAGAUGCAGUACAGACGUUGGUACAUGCUGAGGUGCCCACUGGCGGUCGCCUCUUGUUCGUCGAAAUUGGCCCACACAGCGUCCUCGGGGCUCCUUUGCGCGAAAUUCUACAGGAUCAAUCUCUCCGCUUGCCGUUCACUUUCCAAUACAUCACAUCACUAGUCCGUGACAAGCAUGCCGAUGCUACGCUCCUUGACACGGCAGCCCAACUUUGCGCAAACGGAGUUGACAUCAAUGUGCGGAACGUGAACACCACCAGCGAUACCCAGCAUCAACCACAUGUAAUCACAGAUUUAGCUCCUUACCCGUGGGAUCACUCGACUUCAUACUGGCAUGAGCCUCGCAUCAGCCGAGAGUAUCGCUUUCGAAAACACGCCCACCAUGAACUGCUCGGAGUUCGGGAUGUAUCAACGCCACACCAUGUACCCUCGUGGCGAUCCUUCAUCAGCAGACAGACACUACCCUGGCUCAAGGAUCAUGUUGUUCAGGGGUUGAAUGUUUUCCCGGGUGCUGGAUUUCUGUGCAUGGUCAUGGAAGCUGUACUACAGCUGGCGGACAGUCCACACCCCAUCACUGGUUUUCAUGCAAGGCGUGUUGACUUCCUUGAGGCCUUGAUGCUCACCGAUGAUUCUCAGCGGGUAGAGAUGCAUACGAACCUCCGCCUUCAGCCUCACGCAUCUGAGCCCCGAUACGAAUUUGUCGUCUCUUCCUACGGUAGUGACAACACAUGGCAGCAGAACUGUACAGGUACGAUCGAACCCAUCUUUGCUUCCCAAGCCUCCGAACACGACACAAAAGAACAGCUUGCAAAAGCCAGAACGAGUUGUGCCAAUUGGAUCAAUGGCGACGAACUGUACGCUCAAUUGAGGAAGAGGGGCAAUAACUACGGUAACACUUUUGCACUGCUCCAUACAAUGUUCAUUGGGAAAAACAUUGGCGUUGGCUGUACAGAAAAGGUUCGGUCAAGUUUGAGCUCCACCGAAUCGCUAUCACCGUACACGAUCCACCCAACUUUGCUUGACGCAAUCUUCCAUUCAGUCAUGCCCUUGCAGUGGAGCACGCAUCCGCAAGAGUCAUGUCUUAUUCUUCAGUCCAUUGACGACAUGAUUGUGUCAUGUACAGAUGGGGUCGAUUCUGAUGAACUUACCUUGCUAACAGAGAUCCCGUCCGUCUCUUCGUCUGUGGGGGGCUGCAAUGUCCUAGCCGUGCAAGAGCAGUCUGAUGGGAAUACCCUUGCUGUCGCCGAAGUUUCUGGGAUCGCUUUUCACUAUGCGGUUCCUCGGUUCUCCGACACAGAAAUACAGUCAGCGAGUGACGUGGUCUAUGAACUGAGGUGGGAUACAGACGUCGACUUGGCCCCUGGAACUACCCUCGAAUCAUUGGUCAAGACGACAGGCGAAGCUCAGUCGGAUUACUCGCUGCAUAAGGAAGGAUACUUUGCAGAAGCAUCCGUAUUUUACAUUCAUCGUUGUCUUCAGCAACUAGAAGAGAGCAAGUCCAAGGUUUCUCAGCUGCAUUACGAGCAUCUAGUGGCCUGGAUGCACAGGUUCAUGCGUAGUAUGGCCGCGGAGAAGCAUCUGUCGGCACUCGAUGGCUCAGACCCUGCACGAUAUUCAAAUCUGCCUCAGCUCGGAAUCCUUGGAGAAGCUCUUAAACGAAACGGGGAGGCACUCUACGAUAUCUUGCUCGGACGCAUCGACCCUCUCGCACACCUGUUGGAAGACAACCUCCUCUACCGCUUGUACAAUGAGGAUUCCUUCCGGGGAUGCAACGAGUACCUUCGCACUUACCUCGCUCCACUCAUCUUCAAGGACCCCAACAUGAACGUGCUGGAGAUCGGGGCGGGAACAGGGUCGACGGCUAUCCCUCUAUUCAACCAACUCAGCCCUAACGGGGAACGCAUUUUCAAUCGCUACGACUUUACCGACAUAUCGCCGGGCUUCUUCGAGAACGGGCGCGAGAAAUUGAGCAGCUGGCGAGAGAUGGUGUCGUUCCGAGUAUUCAAUCUGGAUGUGGAUGCGGAAAAGCAGGGGUUCCAAGGAGGUGAUUACGACCUGGUCAUUGCUGCCAACGUCGUCCAUGCCACGAAGAGCAUCAACGAUACAUUGCGCAGCAUUCGAAGACUGCUCAAACCAACGGGCAAGAUCAUGCUAAUCGAGAUUGUCGAAUCAGUGCCAAUGCUCAACAUCAUGUUUGGAGUGCUCGAGGGUUGGUGGGCUGGCAUUGACGAGGGAAGAACUGACACUCCGUUGCGCUCCAUCAACCAAUGGCGGGACCACUUCUCUGCAUGCGGUUUUGGUCAUAUCCAGGCAGCUACAAAUGACUUCCACGCAUUGAUGCUGGCUGACGCUGUCCCACAGCCCCCACAACAGCCCGAAGUUCAGAUCGUAAACUAUGACCCUGCACAGCACUCGGAGUUUGACCAUGCGAUCAGAGAGAGCCUGGAAGAGAAGAAUUUUACUGUCACCACUUUAAAUCAAGCGAACAUGCCAAUCGAUGAGGAUAAACUGUACCUGGUUAUCGACGGCGAACAAGGCUCCAGUCUCCUCCGCGAAGGUAGCUUCAGACAGAUGUGCAACAUGAUCACGCAUGCCGCUUGUAUCCUGUGGAUUGUUUUGCCUUCCGCACCUGAGCUGCGCGACUCAUAUGCAGGUACCGUCACGGGCUUUGCUCGUGUCGCCAGAUCAGAGAAUAGUCGGCUGAGACUCGUCACGAUCGAUAUCCAGGACGACCCUACGCUCAACGUUCAGGCUGUGGUCUCCUCCGUCCUUCGAAUAGCUUCUAGUAUGCUUUCCCAAGUCACGGGUAGUCGUAUUGUGGACAUGGACUAUGUCUUCCGAAAGGGCGCCGUGCACAUACCGCGACUCCUUCAUAGCUCUGAUAUAUUGAAGUACAACGACACAGCACGGUCACGGAAGCUCACACUAUCAACUUCCGCAUUUGAAGAUGUUGCACUACAGCCUGAUGAGAUUGUAUUUGACGUGAAGGCAUUUGGCAUGGAAGCAACAGGUCUAUCCGCAGAUCACAAUACUUCGAUGAGCGGAUGCUCGGGCCUCGUGACGGCUGUUGGAACUGAUCUCGCGUCCACGUUCGAAGUUGGCGAUGAAGUCUACGCUCAUGAGACCACAUCAAUUGCCUCCAAAGUACGGGUCAAGGGAAGCCUGGCUGUGAAGCUGCCCAGCUCCAGCAACCUCUCUGCCGGCGUUUCAUCGAUACCACCAUUUGCCACCGCAUACUACAGCCUGAUUGAAAUCGCACGACUUAGACAUGGUCAAUCCGCUUUGAUCCAUGAUGCAGAAAACCUUGUAGGCAAAGCUGCCGUUCAACUAUGUCAGCAUUUGGGUGUAGACGUUAUCGCGACCGUCAAUAGCAACGAGGAGAGGGAUCAAAUCGCAACUUCUAGUGGCAUAUCUCGGACACGCAUACUCCUUCUCAGUUCGAGCCGAUUCAAGCACGACGUCCUUCGCCUGACCGGCAAGGGUGGUAUCGAUGUUGUUCUGAGCUAUGAGAACCUCGACGUCCGAGAAAAGACGUUGGAGUGCCUUGCCCCAAUGGCUACAUAUGUUGAAAUCAAGAUGGAAAUGCCCGGCAACCCACGCCGACCAGUCUUCUUCCCGAGAGGGAACUUAUCACUCCACGUGGUUGACCUUCGGGCUCUUGCGACUCAUCGACCGGGUCUUCUACUGAACGUUCUUCGUAGUGUCGUUGAUUUGAUGGCAACCAACGUCCUGAAACCCUUAAACGUGCCUGUCCUACCUGUAGGCUCUGUCGACUUGGCUACAUUCCCUGCUGAGUCAAGGGCACGUGUAGGAAGGGUCGUGUUCGAAAUUGAAAACACAGAAACCAUCGCAGCGACGCCACCGCCAUCACAUCUAGAAGGCGGAACGUUUGUUAUCGCCGGUGGCCUCGGUAGCUUUGGCCAACAGCUCUGCUCGUACCUGGCGAUGAGGGGGGUGAAACACAUGGCCAUCUUGACUCGCCGCAACCUCGCACCAGACCAACACGAGGCCCUCCAAAAGAGUCUUGGGGGUCAAGAGGCACGUGUCAAGAUUUUACAAUGUGAUAUUUGUGAGAUGGCAAACGUCGAGUGGGCAAUAGCACAGAUCACUGCAAGUAUGCCGCCGAUCAGAGCUGUGGUACAAGCAGCCAUGUUGCUAAAGGCUUGCGCAAUUGAGAGGAUGACCUUUGAGGACUUUGCAAUGACCAUGCGGCCGAAGACGACCGGAACCCAAAACCUUAUUCAGGCUCUCCAGGAAGUUCGCCUAGACACCUUCCUCAUGCUUUCCAGUUGCGUAACCGUUGUCGGCGGAGAAGGACAAGCAAGUUACAGUGCCGGCAACGGAUGUCUGGACUCAAUCGCCCAGAAUCCGCCCCAAAGCGGUACACGCUUCAUCUCACUCAGCCUUGGUAUGGUAGAUGGCACGAAACACACAUCAGACAUGUCGUCUCGUCGGAAACUCGCGCGCCAGGGUGUCGGAGUGGUGAGCGUCGAUAAGGCGCUGCAGCUGAUCGAUUACGCCCUCAGUCCGCAGUGCGCCAAAGAAGGCUACAAGCAACUCGUCUUCGGACUAGACACCAAAGUGCUUCCGAACUGGAUACUGUCUCUCUCUGCAGGCAACGCCCUCUUCAGCCACACCCUUUCAGCCACUGGCUCCAACUCCGUCGCCAUCAACACCGAAUCGGACGACUUCAUAAAGCAGUUGCCGUCCGUGGCCCGCGAACGCAACGUCUUGUGCUCCGUAAUUGUCAAAGCGCUGGCUAAGAAAAUCGCAUCGCUCGUCUCCAUAAACGCGCCAAAUAUCAAGGACGGCUCUCUCGUCGCGGAUCUAGGCCUCGACUCUCUCGUCACCAUCCAGCUACGCAACUGGAUCCGAGCCACGUUUGAGGCCUUUCUCCAGCCGGGGGAUAUCGUUAAGGCGGGAACGGUGGGCAGCUUGGCUGGCCUUGUCUAUGACGGUUCCGAGGUGGUGAAGAGGUUGGUUAGCUGCGACAAGGAUGUGGAGGCGAAGGGCGUACUUUCACAGAACCAGCGGUAACUCAACUAGGGCGUAGGCGCUUUGGAAAUCCUUUUAGGCGUGGUCGCGUCUUUAACGGGAGAGUCGUAUUUUCCUGUGUAGGUCUGUUAUAUUAUAAUAAGCUAUUAUUUUAUAAUAAACUGCUCCCGUCAAUUAAUACCUGCUU